AUGGAGGACGAAAAAGGAAAUAAGUUUACUGCACAGGGGGGAAGUUCCCCAGUGCCGGUCGCCGGAGGUGGUAAAGCGGGCCUCUCCCGACCGUCAGCAAGCAACCGUGGGGCAUCUUCGGUGGGCAACCAGGCCGAGAUGCUUCUUGCUACUGGAGAGAAAGAGAAAGACCAAGCGGAGGGGGCUGGAAGAGCUUCUGGUAGUAUGGUGGAUACACCGAAAACAGGUCCUCUACACAGCAGAUUAAAUCUCACUAGCAGACUACAGAGGUGUAGUUCCCUAUCGGAGGGCAGUACAAAAAAGAGGAAGUACGUCGACUCAUCGCCAAGUCCAAAGACUGCUUACAAUAAAAAGGAAAGUGCAGUAGCCUUCUCGGCGAUUGAGGCAAUAGGAAAUAUCGUCAAAAUAGCGGAGAAGCUGAAUAACACCAUCAAAGCAUCGUACCAGCCCAAGAAAGAGAUCGUACAUAUGGUGGAGAGCAUCAAUAGGAACACUAAAGUUUUCGCAAAUGAGUCCAUAAAGGCCUGGUUGGAGGAAGUGAGAUGGGAGCCUGUAGAAAGGAUCACCUACGAUGCGGAUGCGCAGACGGACCCGCCACAGGAGGCUGAGGAUACCAAGACUCUCAGAGCGGAGCUGGAGGCGGUUAAACAGCAAGCAGCUAAGCAGGCAAAGGAAAUUGAGAUCCUCAAACGGACGCUCCAAGAUCUUGAAAGGGAAAGGGAGCAGAAACAAGGGGUAGACGCCACCGCCCAAAGCACCGAUGACGACAAAGAAUCCAUCAGGAGGGAAAUCCUGACACAGAUGGACCGUCCCGGCACAUAUGCGGAGGUUGAGAGAGUACUAAACCUAGAAUGGCCGCAAGACGUCUAUCAAGCUACGAAGGUAAUCAAGGGAUCACCGCUUGCCGCAUCUAGAGACUGGGACCUGGGAAUUUUCCUCAACGAAGAGGAUGGGGGUUUAGACACCACAGCUAUGGGGAGGCUGUUCAAAGAGAGAUACCCAGAAUUGGUCGAGGAAGAGGAAGAACAAGACGACAUCUCUUACAUUGUACAGACAACGAAGUUCAAGUCAAAGGUAAACACAAAAUACGUAUGGAAGAUUCGGAUCGAGAAGUCGAUGACAAAUUGGGAAGAUAAAGCAUUAAAUGCAGAAAUCUUAAAGAAACUGAGGGACAUUGCUGAUGCAAUGCAGGUCGAAGGUAGGGUAAAAGUUGCCAUCCCAAUCCCUCCGAGGGCAUCCCUCGAUCAGCUAAGAAAACUGGCGGAAAUCGCUUUUAGGAACAAGGGAAGAGAACUGGCUAUACAUGUUCCCCAAAAUUUCACCGUAAACGGGAUACCCACGGCAAAUCCAAAUCCAAAACAAACAAAGAGAAGAGGUGUGGAAAAACAAACUGGGGCACUCAUAGUACGGAAGCCUGGGUGCGAGUAUAUUGACCUUCUCAAGAAAGUCAAAAAGACAUUGGGUAACUCGGAGAAUCUUAAAAUAUAUAAGGCACUCAAGACCAAUAAGGGCGACCUUCUGAUCGUUACCGAGAAUAACGAGGAAGCAUUGGCAAACGCCAGGAAGACAAUAGUGGAAGAGGACAACGCCAUAUCGGUGACAAUCAGCAGACCUAGGGGAGAGGGAAUGGAGCUACAUAUCGGAAACAUCGAAGCCGAUAUCACAGCGGAACAAAUCUCGGAAGCUGUCGGAAAGAAAAUGGAGGUACAGCCCCAAGAAAUAGUUGUUAAAGCACUAAGGAAGGGACCAGCGGAAAUGCAGGUCGCGACGAUACAGGUCAAAAAGGACCUAGGAGAAAGCCUUUUAACCCAAAGGCAAAUCAGAAUAGGAUUGUGUCUAUGCACCACUACCGAGAAGGUCGAGCUCGUAAGAUGCUAUAAGUGCUGGGGACAGGGACACAUCUCCACAAAGUGUAGCGGACCGGAAAGAAAGAACCUGUGCAGGAAAUGCGGCAAGCCGGGGCAUAAAAUCUCAGACUGCCGGGGCAAUGAAUAUUGCUUACAAUGCAACGAGGAGGGCCACAGGACGGGAUCAAAUAAAUGCCCCGUUCGCAGAAAAGAAGUUAGGAAACUUAUCCGUAGCAUCAGUACAGCAAAGAACGGACAUCCACCCCAAACGGAAGAAAAACACAUGUCACAGAUGGAGACCGAGGAGGUAGGUAAAGUGCCAGAAGCCAGGACGGAUACAGCGAAACCACACAUAGAGGGGGACCUUCCCUCCCCCCUCACCAGCCCGGACCGGGCCGGGGCAGCCCGGUCCGGGACAGUCCCACCCGACACCCCAUGCGUCUCAACCGGACUCCCCAGCGACUCCCUUCGUCUUAGGGGCGGAGGAGGACGAGGAAGACCAACAGGACGCCCAGACAAAAUAAAAGUGUUGCAGUGUAACCUAAACCGAAGCAGGGAAGCCUUCCAGCUACUCCACGGAACAGUUCACGAUAGACAGAUAGACAUCGCGGUGGUGGCGGAACCAAAUAAGAAACUAUCCGAAAUGGGCCCUUGGACGCUGGAUAGGAGGAAAGACGUGGCAAUCAGACAAUUCAACAAGGCGGAGGCACUUAGGAAACAUAUUGGAAAUGGUUUCGUGGGAGUGGAGUACAGGGGGUACGCAUUAUAUGGAUGCUACAUAUCGCCCAACUCCACUCUGGAUGAGUUCAAACAGCUCCUUAGGGAAUUAGAAGGCCACCUAAAUUCCAGCGGAGAGGAGUGCAUAAUUGUUGGCGAUUUCAACGCCAAGUCGCCGGCUUGGGGCUCCAAAAAAGAGGACGAAAGGGGACGGAUCCUUAUGGAUUGGAUAGCCCAAAGAGACUACACCAUUCAAAACACGGGGGACGAGCCCACCUUUGUGAGAGGGGAGAGCGUUUCCAAUAUAGAUCUUACAAUUACGUCGACCGGCCUCGCGGAUAAGAUUAAGAACUGGAAGGUACUCCCAGAGGAGAAUCUCAGCGACCACAGGGACAUCUACUUCGAAAUAUGUAAAACGAAAGAGGAAAACGAAGCAAGAACGAAGAGGGUAAGGAAGAGCUGGAAAAUCGACGGAGAAGGACUGAACAUCUAUCGAGAACUCGUGAGGAAGGAGAUCAGUGGUAGAGGCAGACACUGGUCAACAGGGACACUGAUGCAAAAGAUCGAGGAAAUGUGCAACUCCUCCUUUGCCACAUGUAGGGGGGGGCACCCAGCACACAAAAGACCAGUGUACUGGUGGAACCGAGACAUCGCCGAGCAAAGGGCAAAGUGCCUUAAAGCAAGAAGAACUCUUGGGCGGGGGCGUAAAUGCAGGAAAACUACGUCGGAACAAAUACAGCAAUUAGAAGACCGGUACAGAAUGACCAAGAAGGAACUUCGGGGACACAUAAAGAAGGCGAAGCAAACGGCGUGGAAAGAGCUGAUAGAAAUGAUAGAGGAAGACCCCUGGGGUAAGGGCUAUAAGGUAGCCAUGGGGAAGUUCAGAAAAGAGACGCCGCCCUCCAAGGAGGAGACGAAGGAAGCUGUGAAGAAGCUCUUUCCUCGUAGGGAACGGACGGUUUGGCAAAAGGAGCCCUGCCAGGAGAAGAUCGAGUUCAGCGAACAAGAGCUGAGGGAUGCAGCGAGCAGACUCCGGGUAAAGAGAGCACCAGGUCCAGACGGCAUCCAAGCCGAGAUUGUAAAACUGGUGGUGGAAGAGGCAACCAGUGACGUUCUUGCGGUGAUCAAUGCAUCCGCGGGAAAAGGAGAAUUCCCAACUAGGUGGAAAGAAGCCAAACUUGUAUUGAUACCGAAAACGAAGCAAGAUUCGGAAGGCAUUAGGAAGUUUAGGCCAAUAUGUCUCCUCGACAUUAUGGGAAAGCUCUUCGAGCACCUCAUCAGAUCCAGGCUAGAGAAAGAACUUGACGAGAAGGGGGGGCUGGCGGACUCCCAAUUCGGAUUUAGAAAAGGAAGGUCUACCUUAGACGCCAUGGAGGAGGUACUAAAGUUUGCUGAAACGGCCAACCGGGGCACCUGGGGCCGGAAGGACCUAUGUGCCAUCGUCGCCAUAGACGUCGAAAACGCUUUUAAUUCGGCUCCAUGGAAGAAAAUCAUCGAGGCACUAGAAGGAAAACGAAUCAACAAAGCCCUGUUAGCGCUCAUACAGGACUACCUGCAGGACAGGGGAAUCCUGGUGGGGGAAGGGGAGGAAUACGUCGAGAUGACGUGCGGCGUCCCACAGGGCUCGGUCUUGGGCCCGACUCUAUGGAACGUCCUGUAUGAUGCUGUGCUUAGGCUAGAGAUGCCCGUAGGAGUGAGGACGCUGGCGUUCGCAGACGACCUGGCCGUCCUGGUGUCCUCCAGAAACGAAGAGGAGAUGAUGGCGCUGGUAAACCAGACGUUACAAAAGGUGGCAGAGUGGAUGGAGGACACUGGACUGAGUGUGGCAGCGCACAAAACAGAGGCAACUUUACUCACGGGCAGAAGGAGGCCGCGUGAGAUUAAGUUCUCCCUGAUGGGCGAAGAUAUAUCUCCGCAAACCUCCAUAAAGUACCUGGGGGUCAGGCUCGAUAAGGAGUUAAGAUUUGCACCACACGUAGAGGAGGUUGCCGCCAAGGCGGAAAGGACAAUGGCAGCCCUGUCCAGGCUGAUGCCAAACACAGGGGGGGCGAAGCCAUACAGGAGGAGGAUGCUGGUGGCGGUGGCGCGGAGCCAGAUCCUGUACGGCGCUGAAAUCUGGGGGUCAAGGCACCUUAAAAGCAAAAGCCUGGAAAAACUGGAGAGGGCACAGAGGACGGCACUACUGCGGGUGACCAGCGCCUACCGUACCACCUCGAACGAGGCGCUACAGGUAAUCGCCGGAACGAAACCCAUGGCCCUGGCGAUCGAGGAGAGGGUAGAGAUCAGAAGGAUGGGUCCCGGGGCGCGGAAAGCCGUUGAGGACAGGACCCGCCGGAAAUGGCAAGCGGCCUGGCAGAACGCCCAGAACGGGGCGUGGACCAGAAAGUUGAUCCCAGAUAUCGGUCCCUGGCUGGACAGAAAACAAGGCCAUACCGACUUCUACCUGACCCAAGCCUUGACGGGUCAUGGAUGUUUUGGAACCUACCUGCACAGGAUAGGCAAAACUGCGGACGAGAGGUGCUGGUUCUGUGGUGAGGACAGGGAUGACCCGGAGCACACCCUCUUCUUGUGCGAGAGGUUCGACGGAGAAAGGCUCGAAUACAUGAAGAAGACUCUCACGUGGCCCAAUGCUGAGGAAUUCGUGGAAGUGAUGCUAUCAUCGGAAGAGAACUGGGCGAGCACCUCACAACUCGUCAGAAAUAUUAUAAGAACGAAGGAAAGGGAAGAGCUAAGGAGGGAAGGAAGGCUGCCAACUUAG